CUCAGGCCCUCCUCGGGAAGACGGCCACAGAAACAGCCCAGCAGGAGAGAAUCCUGGCUAGAGAGAGGGGAGGGCGUUGGCAGGACCCGGAAGAAGCCCAGCUGCUCCUAGUUCUGCCCAGAGUGGAAAACAAGAACCUGGCAGCUGGGAAGAUCAGAUAGCUGGCGGCAGAGAGAGGGGCAGAGACUGCAGGAAACCGAGGAGGCAGCAUGCUGGAGUGGGGACAAAACCAGCUACACUAGACUCGGAGGAACGUCUCUAAAUUAAAGGAGAGAAAAAGAGUCAUUUGGCAGAACAUCCUGGACAGUCAGUAGGAGGGUCACAGGAAUAUCUAUGCUGGGGAAAAGUAACUUCUGGUAAGAAAGAAUGAUGGAGGCAGUAUCACUUUUGCUGGUCCCACUCCCACAACUUUAAUUGAUAGGGGACAACAGAGAUGCAUAGGAAGAGAGAGAGAAGCAAGGAAAGACACAAAUCAAAUUUUAACCUGGCCCAGCCCUGCUCCUUUCAGAAUGCAAGCUGGUAAAUUCACCUGAGGAUUCUCUCUCACAGGGGUUGCUAAUCACACAGCUAUUAUCAAUAUCAGGUUGUGAUUAUUUGUCUUACACAAAGUUCUUUUCUGAACUUUUCCAGCAAAGUUGGGGAAUCUGAUAGGUGGCUUUUGAAUUUUGGACUAGAAGUAAAAAGGUUGGCUCAAACAUGUCUGGAUCUGUGACCUGCAAUGGAUAUCAUCUAAGAAGCUGCUAUGAAAGAGUCUCAGAUGAUAAAGAUCUAAAGGAUCCCAGUUUCAGCUUGGAAACAGUCAAACUCUCUCGUGGUCCUCUCAUGAGAGUCUCAGGGAGACACCCACAAGACUCUUCAGCAUAUAGCAGGGAAAGUAAAGAUCGGAUGACUCUGGAUCACCUUCAGAGAUAUCCAAGCACAAAUGAAACUCUGUAUGUGACCCUUGAGGAGUUUCGUUUAUGGAAGGUCCUACAGGGAACGCUGGAUUUGUCUCUUUGGAAGGUAAAAGUUGGCUGGCAAAUAGACCAGGACUCAGCAAUCAUUUUCUUCUUUGGUCCCCAGAAAGUGACUUUUAAUGCCAAGAUUGCCAUCAGUAAACUGUUAAUCCUUCUCAAUUCCACUGUGAGAAUGAAUCCAUCCCCUGGCCUGAUUCAAGAGCGAAGAAGGAUGAGUGGUUUCUUCCAGGUAGGAGAUGACCUUAAUCUCUAUCUCUGGAAAGGAGAAGCUUCCACAUUCCGAGCCUGUGUUACCAUGAGCCUUAGCAGUGGGCCAUUGGACAGACAUAAUGAAGUCAAAGCAGUGCCCAAGGUAAGGGUGCUGAGGCAGCAUAUCCUGAAUGAGCGAGGUAUACCCCAGGUGCUCCUACAAGUGGUGCUGUUAUCCUCCUGGACUGGACCUAGCUCAAGGAGGAAGCCAGCUUCUAUAGAUGGAAGCCAGGAGCUGACAGCCAGUGCUGUCACUUUGGCACUGCAAGCUGCGUCCCGAGAGAAAAGUGCUUCUGUGGUGAUCUACCCCACAGGUCCAGCAGCCCUAGCAAAGGGGAUCGCUCUGGGAGUCAAGGCUUUUAAGAGCAUUCAGCCCACAGGGAGCAGCCUGAAGAAUCUGACAAUUGCAUCAAAUGAUAAUGAUUUUGUAGCUGAGUGUGAGGCGGAAUGUUGCAGGUGGUGGCCCUGUGGAAAGGAUCACCAUGUCCUCCUUCCCUACAUCAUGAGCUCCUGGGAAGCUGUAAUAACCCAGGUGGUGGUUGGAAGCCUCAUUAGCCAGAAAACAGAUGUGGUGGUUUUCCCUUGCAUUCUGGAGCCCCACAAUAGGAGUUGGGUCCAGGAGACAUCUACCCAGGUCCAGGCAGCACUAGAGACCAUUCUUGAUGCCCAGGAUCUCCUCCAUGGAAACAUCAUCACCGUUCCUGCUUCCAAAUUGCCUGGUCUGCAUUGCCAGAUCCUAUAUAUCAUCUGCCUAGAUGCAAAAUUAGUUCAACAGUGCCUAGAAGUCAGCAAGCGGAUCAUUCACCAGGUGGUCUGGAGCUGCUUGAACAAUUUCCUUGGCUCUUUUCUGGAAUCCAUCUCCUUUCCCAUGUUAGACCUGCAGAUUCCUGGAAAUUUCAACUCCUUGCACAUUAUGUUGGAAGAGAUCAAUUACUUCUUAAAACAAAAACCCAAUACGUGGAUGAAACUAGUACAGAUAAUUCAGCCACUAAGAGUAGCCACUCCUCAGAAGGUGAUUGAAUAUUUCAAGACCCCUCUUGAAGCCAUCAGUCUCUGUCAGAAAGAGGACCGAGCUUUCAUCCAGUACCUUAAUGACUUCCCAGCUGUUUUCCGAGAAUUUGAAGAUGAUUUAAGGAAGAUAGGCUGUGUUUUCCAAACUUGUGCCUCUUUGGGAGUGCUUAAAUUUAUAGCAGAAGGAGAACACUUAGAUCCAUCUAGCUGGGAGAAAGCUGUGGAAGAUGCUUUUCAGAAAAAUAAGAAGAGAUAUGCUGUUCACUAUGAGUCCAACUCAGAUAUUCUAAAUGUUCUGAAGAAGCAACAAUCACUAGUGAAGUCUUUUACAACCAUACGAGAAUAUGAAGGCCCUUGCUUUGUAGGUCCAACUGAGAAAAUGAAGAUGUUUGUACAGUGUCUUCAGGAAAUGGCUUUCGAUGAAAAGUCGGUGUGUGUGAAACAUCCCAUUCUCCAUCUGCCUAGAUAUAUGGUGGUCAAAAACACAAUAAGCAAAUUGCUCCUUCUUCCUCACUCUCCCGUAACUAUAACCUUGGAGGAAGAUCCUUUAGGGAUGAUUACUUUCCAGGGACCCCGACAGGAUGUGAUUGAGGUGGAGAGGCAGUUUUAUAGUCUGCUGAGUGGUUUUAAGGAUUGGCCAAUCUCACUUUCCCCAUUUCAAGUGCAAUUUAUCCAGAGCCUCCAGGAAGAACUCUUUAAUGAAAAUUUUUUCCUUGCCAGAGAUAUUUCGGCAGUACUGAACACUUCUGAUGGAGUUAUGAUUUUGGGGCUUGACUUUGGAGAAUUGGUACAAGCAGAAGAAUUACUGAAGACCCUGGUUUAUGAAAGGAAGAUUGAUAUAAGGGAAGAGGUCCAGUGGGCAGCCAAUAGUCUGGAAUGGGAAGCUCUACUUACAGCACUAAAUAGUGAAAAGAAAGUCACUUUCUAUAGUGUCAAAUCUCUGCAAGAUAUCUUGACUUCAGUGGUCAUAGUGGGCAGUAGGGUUGAAGUAGCUGAGGCAGAGCUCAAUAUUCAGGAAUAUUUGAUGAGUUAUUCAAUAAUUGAAGAUAGAAUUAUUUCCCCCCGACCGGAGCUGGCUGAAGCCAGAGAAAACCUACUUCGGAUAAUGAACUGGGGAGACUUAAAGGUGAAUAUUUGGAUUCAGACCAACCAUUCUACUUUAACCUUGAAAUUAAAAGGACUGAGAAGACAUGUAAAAGAGGCCAGAGGAGUUGUUCAAACUGAUCUAGAUUCAUUGACUGUGAGAAGCAUCCCCAUAAGGCACAGAGGAGUACAACAAUAUCUUUUGGGGAUUGGAGGUACAGUUCUUCUCACAUUUGCUGAAGAACUCCAAUGUUUGGUGAAGAUGCAAGUACCAGAGAAAACUACAAAUGCUUUGCUCUCCGAGGUUUCAGCCUGUAGGGCAGAAAGUGAACUGAUGCAUGGGAAUUUGGGGGCAUCAUUCCACUUGGAGAUAAUCGUGCUCCAGCUAGAAGUAUCCUCUUCCCAGUUAUUGACAAAAUGGCAAAGGAGACAUAAGCAGCAAUCUAAAGAUACUGUAGUGCCUAUGGUUGCUCAGCAUUUUCAGAGCAAUGGUGACUCUCCACUAGGACUGGUUCAGGUAUUAGGUCGGGAAGUGAAUUUAGCCAAAUUUCAAGAAGCUUUUGAGGACUUUAUGAAUGGGUUUUACAGUGAAACAUUCAACAGUGAUAAAAUAGUCACUUUCAGUGAAGACUGUCUUCAAGAGGUCUUGGAUCAAGGGUACUAUUUCCCUCUCAAUCUGCAUCGUCAUGGGAACCUCUUAAAGAUCCAGGGCUUUCAAGAAGAUGUGAAGAAAGCUGCCACUGCUGUCCAAACUGUCAUCCAGGAAGCUCAGGACACAGAUAGAGCAGAAGACAUGAAAUCAGUGGUUCAGUGGAAGUAUGAUAUUGGGAACACAGGUCUUUCUCCAUUUGACAAAACCAUAAACCUAAAAUUGGAAACAGCAUAUAGGAAGGAAGAAGAGAACAUUGAAAUCAUCUUGGAUUCUAGAAGAACCCAGGUCAACUUGAAGAAGAGGGAGGGUUUGGUGCCAGACACAGGGACAAUCUUUAAAAUAAAGCGGGAAAUCUACAUAUGGGACAUGAAUAUCCCUGAAAUUUGGGAACCGAUGGAUGAUAACCCAGUGAAGAUUGUGAAACUCUCACCAAAUCUAGUGGAGUACCAGAGAGUAGCCAGGAAGUUCAAUCACUCCAUGGACAGGAGUGCCAUCCAUAAGAUAGAAAGAAUACAAAACCCAUAUCUCUGGACCUCUUACAUUUACAAGCGGAACUGGAUGGAGAAAAAGAAUCCCCCAGGAGUGAGGAAUGAGAACUUCCUUUUCCAUGGAACACCAGCACAGAACUGCUCAUCCAUCAUUGAAAAUGGGCUAAAAAGCACCUGUAGGCAAAAUGGACUGUAUGGCCAAGGAUCUACUUUGCAGUGGAUGCUCGUAUGUCCUCCCAAUAUUGUGGAAAAGGCGUCAAAGGAUCCAAGCUUAUGUUCCUGGUCCGGGUCCUUACUGGAGAGUACUCUAAUGGUCAUUCAUCAAUAACAUUACCUCCAGAAAAGCCAGGAGGAGGGAGAUAUGAUAGCUUGGUUGACUCAAUAGGUUGAAGAUGGAUUUGGCUUUUUGUGGAAAGGGGGUUAAAUCCUUGGCAAGGGAGGAGAUGUGGCUCUGGGCAAAGCUGGGAGGCAGAAGUCCAGCACCAGAAAAUCAAAACUUCUUUGCCUCAGGCCCACCAAAGACCAAGUUAACCAGAAUUGACAUUUCAACAUGGGGAGGGCUGAAGGUAGCAUGGCUGCAAGUCUGAUUUAGACUCUUCAGAGAGCUGUCUGCAGUUUUAAAGUGUGUGACUGUAAGGCAGAGGCUGCACAUAGUAUCAGAGAGAAGACACUGAAGCUGUAGCCAAAUUCACUUUGUCCUCCUGGAGAGGUUAGUGGGAGAAGCCAUGAUUGAACUGGCUACUGACAGAAGCUUAGCUUUUCUUUAUGAAUGAAGAUGGAUUUUCACCUACAGCUCUAAAAAUAGAAACUAACCAUUCUCCCCAGAACCAAUAAGUACCCAAAAUGGAUGAAUCAUCUUGUAUAGAAACCUGAUAAAAUCCUUAAUAUUUGCCUUUUGACAAUUAGCCCUGUAAAUUAACAACCAGUUUUAAAAUAAAUAGUAUUUGAAUAAGUUUUGAACAUUUUUCUUAAUCAGAUACUUUUAAAUGGCACAACUGUGGCUGUAGCUUGUAUUUUAUAACCUAGAACUUGAAGAGUUCAUUACAACUGCAUGUCUAACCAGGAGAGCAGAUAGAAUGAAGUUCCCAUAAGUAACUAUUUUGUCACUGCCUAAUUUGAGCAUGGUGUUCCAAGAUGGCUGCAUAUUUAAUUUGUGAUAUGUGUGUAUGUGUCUGUAUGUACACACGUGUCUGUAACAAAAAUUUAGUUUAGGAAUUAAUUUUUUUUAAAGACAGUUGGGGAUAAGUGACUUGCCCAGGGUCACACACACACACACAC